UGGACGGCGGCAGGUCCUGGACUCUUCGCUCAGUCACUCGACGGUCCUGGAGGGGCCGGUGUGGAAGAAGGGACGGGGGUUGGGCUGAGCAGUUGACCCACCUCCAUACCUUGGGAUUGGGGGUGGGCGGGGUUUGGAUAGCGGUGCCUGGAGAGGUUGGGGGCGGCCGAGCAAGAGAGGGGUGCCAUGGCGUCCCUGCUGAUGCGCAUCUUCCGCCUGGGAGCAGAGAAGAAGCGAGUGAAGCAGUACGAGAACCUGAAGAGAGACCUGGACCCGCAGGAGAGCUGGGAGACGCAGGGGGAACUGGGAGACGGAGCGUUCGGAAAGGUCUACAAGGCACGCAGUCGGACGACUGGGGCCCUUGCUGCGGCUAAGGUCAUAGAGGUGCGAGGUGAGGAACAGCUGGAAGAUUACAUCACCGAGAUCGACAUUCUGGCAGCCUGUCGCCACAGCAAUGUCGUGGCCCUGUUGGAUGCUAUCUUCUUUGAAGGAUGGCUGUGGAUCCUGAUCGAGUUCUGUCCGGGCGGUGCCCUUGAUGACAUCAUGCUGGAGCUGGAGCAUGGUCUGUCAGAGCAGCAGAUCAGUGAGGUUUGCUGCCAGACACUGCAGGCCCUGUUGUACCUGCACCAACACCACAUCAUCCACAGAGACCUGAAGGCCGGCAACAUACUGCUCACCCUGGAGGGACAUGUCAAACUGGCGGAUUUUGGAGUGUCUGCCAAAAACGCCAGUACCCUGCAGAAACGGGCCACUUUCAUUGGUACACCUUACUGGAUGGCUCCUGAGGUGAUCCAGUGCGAGACCUCCAAGGACAACCCUUACAGCUUCAAGGCAGACAUCUGGUCCCUGGGAAUCACGCUGAUUGAGGCGGCCGAGAUGGAACCCCCCCACCACUCCCUCAACCCCAUGAGGGUCCUGCUGAAGAUCACCAAGUCUGCUCCCCCCACCCUCACCAACCCCCGCCAAUGGUCGUCCCACUUCCAGGACUUCCUGCGGAGGGCUUUGCAGAAGAACCCCGAAACACGCUGGAGUGCGCAGCAGCUCCUCGCGCACCCCUUCUCCUGCGCGGGACGAGAUGGGAGGGCUCUCAAGGAGCUCAUUGCUGAGGCCAAGGCUGAGGUCACUGAGGAGAUAGAGGCAGAGUCCUUGCCAGACCUGCAGCAUGCCCUGGCUGAGGAAAUGGCUAUGGAGACUGAAAAGGUGGACCUUGUGCAUGCAGAUGAGGCAGCAGUCAGGGACCCAACACUUGAGCCAGAAAGUCCUCCGGAGCGUCCAAGGACUGUGGAGGAUGGUGUAGAUCACUCCAAAAGUGUUUCCAAAGCUCCCACCCCCUCAGCUGCAGACACCAGCGUGGUAGUGACCAGGAGGGCAUCGCAUGCCACUGAGAAGGCCCAGAAAAGGGCACGGCGUCUGUCUGUGCCCGGGACCCUCCUCUCCUUGUUCACUGGCAACUCGAGACGCUGCAAGUCAGGUUUUUGGGGGGAUAGUCCGAUACCAGCAGCAAAUCCUGAUCAGAGCCAGCAGAAUGGCCCAGGUGGGAGUGCUGAUGGAGGUCUGGGUGUGACCUCAGCAGAGAAGAAGAGCAGAGACCAGGAGGAGAGAACAGAGGAGACUGGUCAGGAGGGUCAGAACAAGACCUGUACCCCUGCCGAUGAAAAAGAGUCGACCACUUUCUUUAGGGCUCUCAGCCUCAAACAAGAAACAGAAACAGCCCACCCAGAGGAAACAGAGGGAGACUCAACAACACACCUGACUGAGCCGAAGGUUGAUUUGGCUGAGGAGCAAACACCAGAGUCUCCCAAAACCGGUUCAGACCCUCCUGAAACACAAACAGAGUCCGAGGUCCCCUGUGUCUUGUCUGACAGUGGCCCUGUUUUAAAUGAGAGUUCCAGAACUGUGACUGUUUCAGGCAAUGGUGUCACCAAGGAGGUCCUAGAGAGUCAGGGUUCCCUGGAGAGUGGACAGAAAUGCCAGACAGCGCCGGUGGCUAUGGCUGCCCCUCCAUUCAGGAUCAUGGAGGCCUGUCUCCUCUCACUGCAGCUGCAAAGUGCCCUGAUCCCAGCUCUGUGUCUGGAAAUGCCUUGGACUUGCACAAAGGGCAAGGCAGAACCAGAGCACUCAGUAAUGGACUGCCUGGAUUUGUCCGUUGAAAGCCAAGGUGUUAGACAUCCAGCUGCAGCAGAGGCCAGUGAGGACACUCUGAAACACGAGGAAAGUCAUGGGACAGAGGAGAAGGUGGUAACAGAGAGGAGAGACAGACCACAGGAGGAAAAGGAGGAGGAUGAUUGUGCUCCUGCUGAGAAGAAUGGGGAGGGAGAACAGGAAAAGAGUGAAGAGGGAGAAAGAGAACAAGGGGAGGCAGAUGGAGGGGAGGUGAAAGAAGAUAGGAGGGAGGAAAAAGAGAAAAGAGAUGUGGAGGGAGAAGAGGAAAAGGCUGAGGGAGGGCUUAAAGAGACUGGAGAAGUGUCAAGUGGCGAGACAGAGAAGGAGAACAGUGGAAGUUUUGAGGGAGAGGAGGGAAAAAAUGCUAAUGCAGAGGACAUAAACAAAAUAGUCUCACAUUCAGAGGAGGAGGGAGGGGAACAGGUGAGCAAAGCUGUAAAGGAAACACAGCCAGAACAGAGGGAGGACACAGUGUCUGAAAAGAAUCUGGAGACAGGACUUCCAGACAACCAAGGAGAGGAUGAGGGAUACAAAGAGAGAGAGGGAAGGCAGGAAGAUGUGUUAGUGUUAGAGAAGGAAGUUGAGGGAAAAGAGGGAAAAGAGUUAGAGGAAUGUGAACAUGUGAACAGAGAGAAAACAGAACAGGAGCUGGAAACAGGGAGACAAGACACAGAUGCUAGAGAGGAUGAAAUAACAGAGGAGGAAGGAUCAAUAAGAAAGAAGGAAAAAGAGGAGGAGGAGGAGGGGAAUGAGAGUAUAGACAGAAAGUCAGGAGAGUGUGGGAAGGUUGGAGGAGAAAACCUGAAGAAUGUGGAGGCAGGGCUUGUUGAAGUAGGGAGGAAAGAUGCUAAAGCCAGAGAGAAGGAGGAAGAAGAGGCUAAAAUGAAGAGCAGAAAGAAACAGGAGAAAGGAAGCAUCAGAGCCAAGAAAUCCACAAAGAAGGUGAACUUUGCCAAGGAAGUGUUCACAGGAAAACAGGAGGAGGGGAAAGGAGGGGGAGCUGAGAAUGAGACUAAUUUUGUGAAUGGCAGUGCUGCUCCAUCAGGUAGGACAGAUCAGGAAGUCCCAGACGGGACUUACUCAGUAUCUAAUGGAAGCCAGGUGGUGGAGGAUGAAUCCGGAUUCUCCAGGAAUGAACACAAAAUUGACAGGGAGAAUCCACUGAGCUCAGGACCUGAAGGGGAGUUGACCCACAACAGAAAAACAGUUAAAAAAACAAGGAAAUUUAUGGUGGAUGGCCGAGAGAUGAGCGUCACCACCUCAAAAGUCAUCAGCGAUGGUGACAGAAAGGAACAGCAGAUGCGGUCUGUCAGGCGACAGGAGCUGCACGCGCUCAAACUGCUGCAGAGGGAGGAGCAGAGGGAGUAUGCGCAGCUGGAACAGCGACUGCAGCAGCAGCGGGAGCAGAUGUUCAGGCACAUUGAGCAGGAGAUGACCGGGAAGAAGCAGUACUAUGACGGGGAGCUGGAGCGUGUGGAGCGUCAGUACCGCCAGCAGAGCGAGCGCAUGGAGGCGGAGCACACCAUCCGGCUGAGGGAGGAGGCUCACAGGCUGAAGGCCCAACAGGAGCGGGAGCUGAGCCGCAAAGGGGCGGCGCUGAAGGCUGACCCCAGGGAGGAGCAGCGUUUCCUGCAGAAACAGCAACAGGAGUUAAAUGAGACAUUGCAAAGGGCUGUCCAGGAGCACAAGAGGAAAGUGGCCUCUAUGGAGUGGGAGAUCACCGCCAAAUCACAGCAGCUAAAGAGAGCCCGGGAGUCAGUGAUCUGGGAGCUGGAACAGCGCCACCUACAGGAGAAGUACCACCUGUUCAAGCAGCAGGUGAAGGAGCAGUUCUCACUACAGAGACAGCAGCUCACCAAGAGGCACAGCAAGGACAAGGAGCGCGCCUCCCGUUACCACCAGUCACUGAUGGAGGAGCAGCGGUUGUUUCAUGCGCAGGAGAGAGCCAGCCUCCAGCGCUCCCAGCGUAAUGAAUCCAAGGCUCGACUGGCCCAGUUCAAGCUGGACCUCAGGGCUCUGGGGCUGAGCGGUCCGGAGCACAGACAGCGCCUCACACAGUUUGUGUCAGAGGAAGAGGCGAGACAGAAGCAGGAGAGACAGACUCUACAGCAGAGUCAAGAGAUGCAGCUAAAACAGCUACAGGAAAAGUGUGACGGCAACAUCGCUGAGCUCCAGCAGCUCCAGAAUGAGAAACUCCAGCUGCUGGUAGACAGAGAGAAGAAGAAAAUCAGAGGGCUGGAAGAUGAACAUACACUGGAGCUGAACGAGUGGAGAGACAAACUGGCCUGCAGGAAAGAGGUGUUAGAGGAAGACCUGGCACGUAGACGCAGAGAGAAGGAAGGGGGACGUAGACGGGGCAGUGAACCUGAAUCCAGAAUCACUGGCCGCCGACCUCGAUUCUUCCCCAGCAUGAGCUUCUCCUAGUGAAGCACCAUGUACCUCAAAUAUUACACACACACACGCGCACACACAUG